CCCACCAAACCUGGCCUAUGUCAGGCAGGCUGUUGGCUUCUGCAAGGGUUUAAUCAGUAACCGGCCUCGUAGACAGCCGCGCGGGGCAGGCCCUGACCUGACCCCACUGAGGGCAAAGUUUACAGCCAGGUCAGGGGAGGGGUGUCAGGUUCCAUGGCACCAGAUUCCUGUUCGGGUCUCCCUCCCCAGGGAACCAAGAGAUUUCCACACUGUGUCACCAGCUGGAGACCCAUGCCAGGAGGGACCAGGAGACCCCAGAAACUUGGCUUAGAGAUACCCUCGCCUGGUGCAGCUGGGGUCCAAGCCUCUCGAAUCUGUCAUGAUUCAGGAGCAUGUGUCACAGCCUGUGACACACCACCAAGGGAACAUGGAUGCCGAGGAAAUGUCUACACACGCUACACAUUUGUGGCAUGCAUGAGGAAGAAGGCCACCAUUUGCAGAUUCGAUUUCCGAAAGCAACUAGUAAGAUCCUCCUUUCUCCAUCUCAUCCAGCUGACCCGGCCCUGGCCACACAGCAAAAAAACUAACAAAACAGGACGCAGCCACAAAACAUGCUUACACACGCUCCACAGACAACGCAAGGGCAGGCUGGGCAGCCCAGCUUCUACUACCCAGAGAACUCGACUACCCCCAGGGCCUGAGCGGGUCCGGGUCCUGGACCUCGACCCCCUCCCCCUCCAACCUCCCAACGUGCGAAAGAGGUUUUUCAGAAAGGGCAGGCACCCGGUUUUGCCUUGCCAGGCCGGGCAGAAAAAAGAAUAAAGGAAA